AUGAAAACAGCCACAAUCUUGGUUCUGGUGGCUUUGACCACCAUGGAGAUGGACAAGGCCUGUGCUCUGUCUUCUCAUGGAGAAUUACAAAAACCUGGAGCUUGUCCCAAGCUGCCCCCAAGUACUUGUGGAACUUGCAAUAAGAGGUGCUCAGGAGAUGAAUCAUGCCCUCGUAAAAUGAAGUGCUGCAGCAAUGGGUGUGGUCAUGUCUGCAUGUGGCCUGUCUUCAAAAAGACUGGCAGCCCUGGAAACAAGGAUUCGAUAUUAAGAAGCAUGACUGAUGACUAGUCCCUGAAGAUUUCUUCUGAGUCCACAAAGCCCAUGCUUGCCUACUCCCUAGCCCUAGAAUUACAUCCUUAGAAGAUGAAAAUCUAUGAUGUGGUGACUGCUUCCUAGUGUCUGUGUCCAAAGUAAAUGAU